AUGCUGCAGCCGGGCUUCCCCAGGCGCGUCGUCUGGGCCCUCGGCGCCGCCCUCUUCUUCAUGCUCGUCGUCGUCCUCCGCCAGGGUCCCUCGGCCGUCGCCGUGAGCUCGCGCCGCUGGGGAAACUCUCCCUCGCUCCUCGACGACAUCAACAAUGCCACGCUGGGCUUUGAGAAAAUUCUCGUCGUUGGCCUGUCCGAGCGCACCGACCGCCGCGACGGCAUGGUCCUCGGCGCCGCCCUUAGCAACCUCGCCGUCGAAUUCGUCGACGGCGUCAUCGACACCGCCGUCCCUGUAAAGGCCGUCCCCAAGACCGAGUCCGGAGACCACAUCAAAGGCGCAAGCCUGGGCUCGUGGCGCGGACAUAUGAAUGCCGUCCAACAAAUCGUCCGGCAGAAUCUGUCGUCGGCCCUGAUCAUCGAAGACGACACCGACUGGGACAUUUCCAUCCGACGCCAGCUCCGCGACUUUGCCCUGUCGACCCGAGCCUUGACGCAGCCUCUGCGCGCCAACAGGGCCGUCUAUGCCGAUCCCACCUACCCUCGCCCCAACGCCGAGUCGCUGUCCGCCGUGCCCGAAAUCUCCUUUGACCGUUUGCCGCAGACCAUUCCCCCCAACGUCUCCCCGUACGGCGACGAUUGGGACGUGCUCUGGGUCGGCCACUGCGGCAUGAGCUUCCCCUUUGAGGAGAGCAAGACGAUUCCCAAGGGUCGCGUUAUCCAUCGCGACGACGCCACCGUCCCCGGACGCAGCCACCUCUGGAGUCUCAACUCCCCCUUUACCCUCAAGGACAACUAUCCCGAGCACACCACCGCCGUCCACCACGUCCAGGAGGGCAUAUGCACCCUCGCCUACGCCGUCAGCCAGGCCGGCGCCCGCAAGAUGCUUCGCCACAUUGCCCUGAGGGAAGCCUCAGACAAGUUCGACUUUCUCCUCCGCUACUUCUGCGAGGGCGACAAGGGCCGGCCGCGACACAACUGCCUGACGUCGCAGCCCGGCUACUUCCAGCACCACCGGCCCAUCGGCUUCAACAAGGACUCGAGCGACAUUGACAACCACGGCGAAGGCUUCAGGCCCAAGGCCGAGACGGACAUGAUUCGCUGGAGUGUCAGGCUCAACGCCGAUGUCUUACUGGCCGGCGGCACCGACUACAUUGAUCAGUUUCCCGAACUCUAG